UCUUCAACAAUAUUUAAUUUCAUUACAGAUAAUACAAAGAAAGACAGCACACAAAAGUUGAAAUUUUCAAACACACUUUAUCAUUAGCAUUAGCACGUCCUUUCCCACCAAAUCUAUGGAGUUUAAUAACGUUAUAUACACUCAGAAACAGAGAGAUCCCAAUACAAGUUCGUUUUCUUGGCUUUGACUUUCUGAAAGAAGAUGAUGGGAGCUUCAAGAACACUGAUAAUGGCAUUGGCAAUUGCAGCCACAAUGGCUGUUGAAUUAGCGAUGGCAACUAAUUAUACAGUGGGUGAUUCUGGUGGCUGGGAAAUAGGCCCCAACUUCCAGGCUUGGGCUUCCUCCAAAAACUUCACCAUUGGAGAUGUUCUCAUUUUCGAGUACUCGUCCAACCAUGAUGUGGUUGAAGUCAAUGAGCCAGAUUUCAGCUCCUGUUCCGCAAGCAACCCCAUAGAGAAGCACAUUGGCGGCAGUACAGCGAUUACCCUUUUGACAUCAGGUAAAAGAUUCUUCAUUUGCGGGGUGCCUGGCCAUUGCCUUGCUGGAAUGAAGGUUGAAAUUGACACCCUUGCAAAUCCAUCACCGCCGCCUUCCUCCAUAGUUAUGCCUCCAUCUCCACCGCCGGAAGAAACACCGUCUUCACCACCACCUACUUCCUCUCCCCCUGAUCCUACAUCUCCUCCUCCAUCUUCCCCCCCAAAAGCUUCAACGAAGCCACCAGCAAAGCCUCCUCAGGCUACACCACCAGAUUCUAAACCCAGCCCUCCAUCACCGCCCACGGAACCAACUCCACCAUCAUCAGCACCGACACCGGAGCCUCCGAUCCCUCCAUUUCCAUUUGAUCAGCCACUGAUUCCCUCAGCAGCGCCCAAACCUCCUCCUCGUCCAUCAUUGGCUUAUAGAUGCAGUUUCAGGAUUCAUCUCUCUUUUGGCUUCACCUUUGUUGCCAUAAUGAUUUUGGCUCUCUGAAAAAUUUUCAUUUUCCAUGUACAUCUUGAUGGGAUCCUACAAUUUUUUUGAUCUAAUGCUUUUACUCUACGUGAUUCCAAUGAAUAAAAAGCCUUUCACCAGCCUCUAUCCAUUGUAAAAUAUCUUAAACACAUUACAAUUCUGCUCUGACUGAGAAUAAUUCCCAAAUCAUGUGCUACAUUGAUAAGCAAUAACCAUAGCACAUGACAAACCUGAGAAGAAUAUUAACUUCAGGAUAUAAUAUGAUAUUAAAGAAGCUGCCUUCUGGUAUUCCAAAACAUUUCACAAAAAAGAAAGAUUCUCUCUAUUGUCCAUUCUUUUAGGCAUAAAGAAAAUUAAUGCUAACCAUCAAAAUUUAAAUUUCAUGCUCCCUGUUAUCAUGACAACACCUGUAAGGAUUACUGUGUUUGAUAUUUUAUGAAAUAAAAAUGUAAAGCUUGGAGUGAA